UCCCGGCGUGCUCUGGGGCUGGAUCUUCCUUUCCGCUCGGCCGUUCUCCGCGCCAGGAGGGAGGGCCCUAGGCAGCCAUGGCGCCCAGCCGAAAUGGCAUGAUCUUGAAGCCCCAUUUCCACAAAGAUUGGCAAAGAAGAGUUGCCACAUGGUUCAACCAGCCCGCCAGGAAAAUCCGCAGACGAAAGGCUCGCCAGGCAAAGGCCCGUCGCAUCGCCCCUCGCCCAGCAUCUGGUCCUAUCCGGCCCAUCGUUCGAUGUCCCACAGUUCGAUACCACACUAAAGUUCGGGCUGGGAGAGGAUUCAGUCUGGAGGAGCUGAGGAUGGCCGGGAUCCAUAAGAAGGUGGCACGUACCAUUGGUAUCUCUGUGGAUCCCAGGCGACGGAAUAAGUCGACAGAAUCCCUCCAGGCCAACGUGCAGCGGCUGAAGGAGUAUCGCUCCAAACUCAUCCUCUUCCCGAGGAAACCUUCUGCACCCAAAAAGGGAGACAGUUCUGCUGAAGAACUCAAGAUGGCCACGCAACUUAGAGGACCAGUCAUGCCCAUCAGGAAUGUCUACAAGAGAGAGAAAGCUCGGGUCAUUACAGCCGACGAGAAGAAGUUCAAGGCAUUUGCAAGCCUCCGGAUGGCUCGGGCCAAUGCCCGUCUCUUCGGUAUCCGUGCAAAAAGAGCCAAGGAAGCUGCGGAGCAGGAUGUGGAGAAGAAAAAAUAAAUGGCUCUGUUGGGAACUUGCAAUAAAAUAUGACAAAACA